CAUCAUGGUACGCAACCACACCCAGGAACUUCUCUCUGGGCCACGGCUCCGCAAUGCCUGUGAUCGAUGCCACACCCAAAAACUUCGCUGUCUCAAAUCUCAACAAGACGCCGCGUGCAUUCGCUGCUCGAAGUUUGGCUCUUCUUGCGUGUACAGCGCCCGAGCAACGCGGCGAUUUCCGAAGAAGAACCCCGAAAAUGUAUCCUCAAAUUCGACUUUGACGGCAGUCGUCUCUCCAAAGAUCAAGGACAGGACCUUUGAGCCAAACAGAUCCGAUUCGACCAUAUUAGCCCAUAAAUGGCUGGACCCUUCGGUUCUUCUUCAAGACACGCCACUCGGCAUUCCAAGCUGCGACCUCCUUGGCGCUGGAAGGUUCAGUGGUCCCUCCUUUAUUCCGAAUCAACAUGUAGAUGGAACGACCAAGAAGCUGUCCAACGCUUUGGUACCAAGUGCUCCACUCGACCUGACAUACCUCAACAACAAGCUCGUGGAACAUCAUGCGAACCUCUCCUCGGCUCUCCACGUGUCACCGCCAUCUGCUUUCGCACCAAAAGUAAUCGCGAUAGACCAAACCUUCACACUCACUCGGCGCUUCAUAGAUAUUAUCAAGGCAUGCAGCGUCCGUUCUGCCGGUCAAGCCACUGUCCUCCUCUUCCUGUCUUGCUACCAUCGUUUGGUGGAUAUUUACCAGAGCCUCUUCGAGAAGAUGGAAUUGUGCACUCACAACCCACACGCCAUUAUUCCCAAAGGAAUCACUCUGAACAUGCCAGCCACUCAGGUUGGCUCAUACAUUACCAAUGAUCUUUGGAGAACCGUCGAAGCCGUCGAAGCCCCGAUGACCACAUAUUCUACACAUUUCAUGCUGUUGCUGCUCCUUUGCACCAAUAUGUGCGAAGAGCUCCGCGAUGCCAUUGCUAAUCAGUGUGAUCAGAGUUUGGGCGGCGACGCGGCGUGGGAUCAUAAUUCGGUGUCAGAGCAAGAUUUUAUCCAUUUUGGCGCUCCCAUGAUAGAGUUGAGUGGAGACAAGGAUCAUUUUGAUCAAUCGGUCGAAAAUGCUUUGUGGAAUAGAUGGGCCGAGCUCUCAACGCAGAUUCAGACGACCAAAAGAGCGGCAAUGGCCUUUGCAAUUACAUGCUUAUAGACGAACGGCAGUGCCCUCGAAGGCACGUGGCACAUUGCUGUAGGCGCUGCAAGUCUCCAAUUUCUACUUCACUAGCACCCACCAAAUCAAGGUCCACG